AUGGACAAGUCAACAAUACUAGGAGACCUCCCUACCCAGACUCACGAGUCAGGCCUAGCAGCAAACCCGCCCAAGCGACGGUUCGCUCCUCAGCUUCUCGAGUCGAGCAGCCGUAAAUCAUCGGACAAAAGCCCUGACAACGCUGGCAGGCCGCAAACUCGAGACCGGAUAAAACCACAGCUAAUUGAAACAACCAAAGAACAUCGUGGUGGGAAGUCGGUUAAAUUUCCUAAUCAAAUUGAAGGCAGCAGCGUACGAACUGCCACCAUCCCCGGCCCCGUCACCGCCCCGAAGAAAUUCACCCCUCAACUCAUCGAGACCGCAAAACGCUCUUUUCGACAAAGUCGACCAGGCAGCCCGUCCAACCUACCGCAGAGCCGAAAUCGGAUCCGCGUUGCAGGAUGGAGUGGCCCACUGAAUCCACGCCCGGAGCAUGAGGAGGACUCCCGGUUCUCCUAUGCAAACCUUGUCCGUCGCCAGGAGAGCAGACGGCAUUCAUUCCGAGUUCCUGACCUUCCGGCGAUACCGUCUAGCAGUAGCGACGAAUCCCUCCCUUCUCCCGUCUCCUCGUUUUCAACCUCCCCUACAUUUAUCACGGAUGGAAACUCCUCCCACCCUUCGAAUAACCCCAACGACCCAUCCCGAGAUAGUUCCCAUGAAGCCUUUAUAGACGUCGACUUUUACUCUUUGCCUGCCCGGACACGAGAAAAGCUAUUGCAAGAACGCGCCCUUGCAGCCUUUCCUAAUGAGCAGGUGUACCAAACAGUUUCCCAUUUCGCGAUUGACAGAGAGGAUGAAGAUGAUACGGCGGACGAGGAUAGUAGCGUGGAGACUACAUUGAGGAGCAUGACUCUUGACUUGGCAAGGUUUCGGCGGGAAUCCAGUGUGGAUCUAACAUGGGAACUUGAAGAGAUGAGGCGGCACAAGGAAGAGUCGGAGAUGCGAGCGAGGGAGAGGGUAUUUGCUUCCGCACCAUCGCCGUUCUCUGCUGCUGCACUGGCAGCUAAGAGAGCGAUGGAUGGCGCCAAUAUAUUUGAUGGUAUCCCUCAUGGCACUAUCCCCAGGCAAAAAGGCGCCGAUUCAGCAAACAAGCGGCGUGCUGUACGCCCUCCAAUGUUGGGCGACGAUAUCAUUUUCCCUCAAUGUGAGUCUCCACAAACCACAAGGUGUGAGACCGAUCAAGGUUCGACUUCUCAUCAACACGAAAAUGGCGAGGGGCUGGAACAACACAUGAGCCCGUUGUGGACUCCAGAGGUUCAUGUCGAUGUAUGCGAAGAACUUGGCCUCUGGAAUGGGACCUGCAAAAGGCCUAGUGAGACGGAUGCAUUGACUCCCCUCCCCUCCCCCAGAGUCACUUUGUGCAAACCGCAAUCGGGUGAGAAGAUUUGUGAAGAACCUGCAAUUCUCUCCAGCGUCUCUCGUGCCACUCUUGCCGUCCCGGAUGCCAAAUCUGUAUCCACACCACCAAGGCCCAUAGAUGAAGACGAAGAAGCGCUGGAAGAAAGUAUUCUGCAAGAAUUUGAUGAUGCUUUUGUGACACAGAUCUACAACUACCUCUCUCUGGGCUAUCCUUGUCUCGCACGCGAUUACGACGUAGAAAUCAGCUCGGUCACUGGAAUCUCCGUGGAAGAGCUUCGAAGCGACGACUACCGUGCCAAUGCAAAAGGGUAUCUCGGUGCGCCUGAAGGUUCUUCCAGCAAAGGUGAAGACGCCAGGUGCAAGCGGUGGGCGGCGUUGAAGCUGUACAUCCACGAAUGGGCCCGCAAGCAGCCCAGGUCGACGACCCCAGAAUCCGGCCUCGAGGCCUGGGGCGUGAGACCCAGGGGAAGCUGGGCAGUUUGA